ACUUAACAGGCAUAUGAGGAAAAUCAAUCCAAAAGGAAAAUAAAUCAUUUAAAUGGAGCUGCGACCAUUAAUUAAUUCUUCUUUGUUCAGUGUGGUUGAGUGACGUUUCGUAAACCAGGAAUUGGCAGUGAAACCUAAUGUUAAUAUUGGAAAGUGCGAAAAAUGCUUGGCUUCAAUAAAAAGGGGUGUACGCCCCACAAUCUCUUCAUCAAUGCACUCAUAUUUGGUACCAUUUUAGCUGGAAUCGCGCAACUUAUACACAAUACUUUAUCCGUCCCCCGACCAAAUAUUACAAAACAAUUUCAAGAGAACGUGACCCUGAAAUGUCCGCUCUCAUAUGACAACAACAACAUGGUAUACUGGAUCGGUGCGAGAAAAGAAAAUUUCACCAACAACAACACACAACUUUUCCGUGACAGAGGGCUAUUUUUACAAGGGUGAUAUGCACAACAAAUCCCAACUGUCGUUUUCUAAAUUAACUGGAUACCAUCAACGGUACUUCUUGUGUAUUCUGGUUCAAAAUAACUCAGCGAAAAUUUCUUUCCAAUAUCUGAUAGUUGAAAAUGACAAUGAUACAAGCCACUACUCGGGCGAAGAGUUCAAUGAGGAUGCUAGAAAAGAGGUUGCAAAAAUAAACGAAGCCAAAAAGGCAAAAGAAACCCAGCAACUAGCGGGCAUAACCGCUGCUACAGUGGUGUUGCUGCUCACCAUCAUUAUCAUCAUCGGUAUAACUGUCUACAGAAGGCGAAAUGGCAAUGUCAUUGUUAAAUAUUGGUUAAAGAAAGUUACCGUGGAGAAACCGCCGUCAGAAUCAGGAGAAUUGGUAAUGCCGAUAGUGAAAAUAGAAAAGCAAAGAUUAACCCAGAUGGGAAUAGUAGGAAAUGACACUACAUUAAUGUCAGAAUAUCAGAUGCCAGUGGAUGCAAAAUGGGAAAUACCAAGAUGCAAGAUAUCCCUUACUGGACAAUUACUGGGAGAAGGUGAAUUCGGAAAAGUGAUAAAAGCUGAGGCACACGGAGUAGUCUCUGAAGAUGCUAAGACUAUUGUAGCAGUGAAAAUGUUAAAAGACGGCUACACGGACGCAGACAUGAUAUCGCUGGUGUCAGAGAUGGAGAUAAUGAAGAUGAUCGGCAAGCACGAGAACAUCAUCAACCUCCUGGGAUGCUGCACGCAGGACGGCCCGCUCUACGUCGUGGUGGAGUACGCGCGCAACGGGUGCUUGCGCGACUAUCUCAAGAAACACAAAGCACCCAAAAAUGCUGGAUCUACGGAGAAUUUGCUUAACAAGCCGUUAGCACAGAGAGACCUGACAGGCUUUGUUUGGCAAGUGGCGAAAGGAAUGGAAUACUUGUCGUCGCGUGGUUGCAUCCAUCGGGACUUAGCGGCCCGCAACGUGCUGGUAUCGGCUGACCUCGUCCUGAAGAUAGCCGAUUUCGGGUUGGCGCGCGAUGUUCGCGACACUGACUACUAUCGCAAGCGCACGGCUGGCAAACUUCCUAUGAAGUGGAUGGCUCCUGAGUCUAUAGCACAGAAUUAUUACGACAAGCGUUCUGAUGUGUGGUCGUUUGGCGUGAUAACGUGGGAGAUCAUGACUUUUGGCGAAAUCCCUUACGCCAAAAUUUCAGUUUACAAGCUGUACAACUACUUGGAAACGAACAACAGGCUGGAAAAACCGGAUGACUGCAGUAACGAGAUGUAUGAUAUGAUGAAAAGCUGCUGGGCCUUCAAACCCGAAAAUCGGCCGACAUUCGAAGAAAUCGUCGGCACUAUGAAGUCCAUGCUGAAUCUUCCGGAAAAUGGACCGCUGCCGGAAAACUUGAAUGAAUACGUAACUAUGCUGGCCUAACAAAAAGCUAAGCCAAUAUCGAAAAGCGCCUAUGAGCACCACCUGGCAAUGGCAAUUCGAUAGCAGUGAAUUUGGAUAACUUAUAUUAAAAAGCAAACAUCAAGGUUCGUAAUAAAGUAUGUGUAAAAUAAAGGAAAACUUUGUUUA